CAGAGAGGGAAACCCAGGCUGGGAGCUACGGCCCCGAAGGCGGCGCCGGGUGCGAGCGACUGCAGCAGCCGAUGCGGCCUCAUGGAUGAACUGGUGCAUGACUUGGCUUCAGCCUUGGAGCAGACAUCUGAGCAGAGCAAGUUGGGUGAGCUGUGGGAGGAGAUGGCCCUGAGCCCCAGACAGCAGAGGCGGCAGCUUCGCAAACGCCGGGGACGGAAACGCCGGUCUGACUUUACUCACUUGGCAGAGCAUGCCUGCUGCUUCAGCGAGGCCUCUGAGUCAAGUCUGGAUGAAGCCACCAAGGACUGUCGAGAAGUGGCUCCGCUCACCAAUUUCAGUGACUCUGAUGACACGGUGGUGGCCAAACGGCACCCAGCUCUCAGUGCCAUCAUAAGGGGCAAGCAGCAUUCUUGGCACGAGUCUGACUCCUUUACAGAAAAUGCACCUUGUCGACCCCUCAGGCGCCGGCGGAAGGUGAAGCGAGUGACGUCCGAGGUGGCUGCCAGCCUUCAGCAGAAGCUGAAAGUGUCAGAUUGGAGCUAUGAGAGAGGCUGCAGGUUCAAGUCUGCCAAGAAGCAGCGUCUAUCCCGUUGGAAGGAGAAUACUCCCUGGACCUCAUCUGGCCAUGGGCUGUGUGAAGCGGCGGAGAAUCGGACUUUCCUAAGCCAACCAGGAAGGAAGGAAAGGAUGGAGUGCGAGGCCGGAGAGCAGAAGCACGGCUCUGACGAGAACAUGUCCGAGUGUGACACUAGCAGUGUGUGCAGCAGCAGUGACACGGGGCUCUUCACCAAUGACGAAGGACGGCAAGGGGAUGAUGAACAGAGUGAUUGGUUUUAUGAAGGAGAAUGUGUCUCCGGAUUCACUGUCCAUAAUCUUCUGCCCAAGUGGGCUCCUGAUCACUGCACUGAAGUAGAAAGGAUGGAUUCCGGCCUGGAUAAACUCUCAGACUCCACGUUCCUUUUACCUUCCCGGCCAGCUCAAAGAGGAUACCAUGGUCGUCUGAAUCGGUUGCCAGGAGCUGCACCUCGUUGCCUCAGGAAGGGGCGGAGAAGGCUGCCUGGGAAGGAGACGAGCAUAAGCAGCCUGGGUACAGAGCGGAUUGGCCAUCCCAUCAGCGACCCCCGGCAGACAGAUUUCUGGUUACCAUCAGCUGGGAAAAGAGAACGGAAUCAGUUUAAUCCACUCUCCCCUCUUUACUCCCUGGAUGUUCUUGCUGAUGCUUCUCAUCGAAGGUGCUCACCUGCACACUGCUCUGCCAGGCAGGCAAGUGUACACUGGGGACCACCAUGUCCACGUGACAUUAAAAGGAAACGGAAACCUGUGGCCUCAGCAUCUUUUUCUAGCCCUAGUCCAGUGCACCCAGAUGUUCUGGAGCCAGCCAUCCCAGCACAGAAGCCUCCUGACUCAGAGUGGUUGGAUGGGACCUCUGCAGCAGAGAAAGCCACGGCCUUUCCUCCAGCCACGUUUUUCAAAACGCCACAGGAAAAGAGUUCUGGAUGCAGUUCUAGCCCAGUAACCAAUGGGUGUUGAAACUUUGUAUUGUACAGUCUUAGUGUUCUGAUUGGCAGUCUUGGUCCUAAUGCCACAAGGACUGACUCCUCGUCACACACAGCAGUUGCUCUUUCUUUUAGAAAAUGAUAUUUGGAGAAUGUUUUUUUUUUUUUGUAAAAUAUCAAUUUUCUUUAAGUGGGCGGGGCAUCCUCUGCUGUCCCCUUCCUUCGUUGCUCGCCCACCAUUCACCUCCAGCUGCUGCCUUAGAGCUGCUGCUCCUUGGCAGCUGUGUCUUUGUUCCUGAAAAUCUAGCAACAGCUUUUGCAUACCUUCUGUGUAGAGCUUUUAAUGUCACUGAUGAAAUCCUAAAUUCGAAGCCAGUUGGAAACACAUUCCUGGAUGGGCUUGUGUCUGUGCAGUAAGGCUGGCCAUGGGUCCUCCAUCCCCUCAGGGCCAGUAAGAGACAUCGACUGAGUUCUCAGCUUGGGGCCCCAGAAGAGACACCAGCAGGCUGGGGUGAGAGCCUUCCCUUGCCUGCACCUGGUCUGAGGGGAUCACCAGCGGCUCCAUUGCACCUGACCUCAUCCUCCUGCUCAGUUCUCCAGACAGGGCCCAGAGGUCUGUGUGCUCAGUGUAGAUGGGGUUUAGGUGCUCAGCAAACUAGUGGAUGACGUGCUGACCCCCGUCUAAGGCUUUAUCUCCUAAGUGGGAUUUCAUUGUUAGUGUUUUAGAGGUCAGUAACCAGCGAUAAGCAGAAACUCCUGCUGUCUUAUCUGUUACGAUAAUGGUUGGUUGGGGCCAUGGUUUAGGAAGGAAAGAUGUCUUUUUGACAUGCCUUUCUAUGUGGUGUGUUUAUGACUGCUCAGAUGCAAGUACAGUUGUAUAUAUAGUCAUGCCUGAAGUCGAUGCUACUUUGUCAAGGUGAGGAGGAAGUGAGUGCCUGGAGCUGCUGGGGAAGAACCACAUUUCCCAGAAGUGUCAUCUGGAGCGCCUGCCAUUCAGGGCUCUGCUUGACACAGCUCUCUCUUUUUGUAUCAGCUGAGUAUAUUGACUCUGAAACACACGGUAGCAUUGCUAAAUGCUCACUGCCUUGGUCAUGUCAGAGAGAAUAACCUCUCCUUAAGACAGCCACCAGGUGAUCCGGUGCCUCCUCUUCCUAAAGGGUCAUUAUCCCUCCCACAGAGUGUAAUCAGUGUGUUCUGCUUGAGAGCUACUUCAUUUGGGAGGUCACUCUGUGACUCCUUAGCAGUGAGGUAGGCAGGGGCUAGAAUGUGAGUCUGUUUGCAAAGGGGAACCUGAAGCUUGGUGCUUGUAGGUCUGUGGGUGGCUGAGAAUGUAUCAGCUGACCAUGAUGAAAAUGGUAGGGGGGGGUGCAGGGAGAGAUUGCAGGAGGAGAAGGGUACCACCAAACCCUGUCCCCCAGUCACCCUGGUUCUUACUGUCUUAUGGGCGUCUCAGCUGCAUCCACAGAAGACCAGGACUGGGACACUGUUACAUAGUUCAAAGGUGAAAGUGGAUGUGUGUGCCGUCUGCCCCUGCACUGGCCAGUGGAACACAUUUCUACUGUUCUGAGUUGGGUUGAGGGAGAAAUCUACUGACGAUGCUUUUUAAAUAUUUCCAAACUUCUUCAUGCACACAUAGAUCCUGAUGACGGCUUGUGGAGACCUCCAUGGUUAGGUACAGAGGUGUUCCCCUAGCUCUCCUCUGUGGUACAUUGUGGUACACUGCCUGGUCGUCCUCCUCUUUUUACCUGGUAUUUAAAGUAACUUAUAUAUACAUAUUUAUUUAUAUUUUAAAUAUCUCUCUGAAGCCAUGCCAAUAUUCAGAGGUGAAGGCAGAGUUGUAUGCUUUACUCCAUCAUACGAGUGAGCCCGCACUGAAACAGCAGACGUCCAUGCUAUUCUGCCCUGGUUAUAUAAUCUGUUGUUUCUCAUUGGUAUCCCGAGUCAGCCUGAGGCCCACACCUAGGAGUGCUUUCAUGACUGUUUAUCGUCUUUGUUUGUCAUGCAUUCCUACACAUUUCUGAAUAAUUCUGACAGGGAUCAUCCAAGACUACAGCAUCUACCUAUAACAAAUGGGAAUAAAGUUAUUUACCAAGAAAAUAGAAUAUUAAGCACAUAAAUUCUUUCUAAAACAGGGUUGUGAUUUAUGGACAUUUUAAAGUGUAAAUGCAUGCUUAGGGAAGCCAUUUAUCCUGCUUAUUUUCUGUGUUAACCAGCUUCUGGGCAAACUUUAGUAUCAGUUGUAUUUUAAACCUUACAUUUAAAAAAAUUGUUUAUGGCACAGUGGAUAAUGUCAUAAAUUAAGAUCUGCUGUUCAAGGAGAAAUGCAGUUUUGCAAUCAAGUUUUGUUGUUAGUAUUGAAGAUCACCUAUAGCCCUUAAAGAUGGCCAUUGAUUGUGCUCAUGCAUUUCAUAUCAGAAUUAAUGGAGCCAAGUGCCAUGGUUCUGAUGUCCAUGUCCUGAUAUAUCCUUAUGGACUAUAUAGAUGUUUCUCUGAAUUUCACUGUUUUUUUUUUUUUUUCCUAUAGUGGACAAAAGUCACAUUAUCUACUUGCAUGAAGUCCAUUCACAAGAUGUGAGCUUUACCAAGAAGGUUCACGGGGUUGGAGACUAUUUUCAGAUGCAGCAUUUAAAGGAAGAGUUUCAGUUGUAUCAGCCCCUGGGUAGCUCUUCGGUCAGAGCUGGUGAGAAGAGGAAUUCAGUGCUGUGUACUUGGUGCUACACUUGCCAGGGCAGAAUACAGUGUUCUGAGUGACAUGCGGUUGGGCCUUGAGUUGUUUAGAAGUCAAUUGCAAUGAACAAUUUCAGAUGGCGUUGGCUCUUAAACAAGGCAGUUCUCACAGCAAAUGACCCAAAGUAAAUAAAACGUCUUAACUUGUGGUGCUUAUGAAUGAGGUCUGUUAUUAAGUAAAGCUCAAUGUAGAACAAGUAAUUGAAUUGAUUACCAGUCCUGAAAAGAUUGAUUAAGCUUUGUUUGCAUUUGGGGAUGAGAGACACUAAGCAUGUCUGUCUGUCUGUCUACCAUCUAUCAUCUAUCUAUAUCUACCUGUUUAUUCAUCUAUCUAAAAUUUCCUUCCACGGUCUAGGAGGUCCUGCUGCAUAUGAGUUAGCAUCCCAGAAGCCUCUCAGAGCUGAGAGCUAGCUACAGGUAUUAGGAGGAGCUGCCAGGCUGCUGUGGUCACAGCUGGUGCAGUGGGCUCCAUGGCUCUGGGUGAAGGAUCUUGGGGGGUGCAUGGUUCAUUUAGGGCCUCUGCUCUAUUUUGACAUCAUUACUGUGGUUCUGAGCAAUGUUCUUUUACCCCUCCCUUCCUGGGAAAAAUGCCUUGGAUAUGCUUCGGCAGCAGAAGCUGCAUUCAGUGUCUUAGGAACCUGAGAGCAGAGUGGCUGGUUCUAGCAAACAUGGCUUCUCUCUUGUUGGGGAUAUAGCUUAGACAAUGAGGUAGUGGAAGCAUUUCACACUAGUCAGCUUCUCCCUUUGCUGAAAGCUAGUUUUGCUUGUCAGUAUUUCCUUAUCUCUGUUGCUGCAGUUAGCAGAGUUACAGCUGCCAGCAGCGAUCAGGAUAGGUCCCUAGCCUGUCAGAAAGAGAAGGGAAGUCAGGAAGUGGGACCACAGGCACUACACAUGCAAGUCACCAGGGGUGGUGACUCCUAUGUUAUGGUCUCCGAAAAAGGAGGGCCUGUGCCUGGAAACAGCAGUAAUGCUGAAGAGAGUAGACCUAAGGUUUUUCACAAAGGAGCCUAGCAAUACAAAUUAGGCAGAGUAAUACACUCCUAGCAGGGGAAAGAAAUCACUUGGCAGAUUAGCAGAUAUGAAGAUGAGGCCCGUGCUGAGAAUUCAAAGGGAAGCCAUCUUGGGCAGAGAGAGGAAAGUGGUGCUCCUAGCAGUGCCACAAACUGGUCCUUCGACUAGCAGCGAGCUUAGUGCUGAAGAUGGUCACUGUGGAGAACAGUCUCCAGCAGAGGGAAGGGUUAGUCAGCUCAGGGCAGUCCUCAGACCAGCUGCACCUACCUACUGACUUGCAUGUUCCCCCAUGUGCUUCCUCCCAGACACCUGAAAGAUGAAUACCAAGAAAGGGUGAUGUGGAAGAAACCGUCCUGGUGGCCACAAGAGAAGAUAGGAGUUGUCAGUAAUAUAAGAUAUACGUUAUAGAAGAUACAGCCACCUGUGAGACUAGUAUUUCUUCAUUAAAUCAUAGUUUCAGGGAAAAACCAGACACAUCUUUCCCCACAUAAUGUAUAUACUUCAAUAUAGAGCUCAGAAAAAUGAAACUAAAAACUAAUACCUCCAGUUCAUCGAAGGUAUAUGGUAAGCAUCUGUAGAGUUUGGUAAUCUCAGAACUUGAGUUCUUCCUAGCCCACACACAGUCUCGGGCUUCUUUACACACAGCUGACCGGGUGUGAGGCCUUGGAGUCCAGCAGGAGCGGCAGCUGCUUUGCUGUCUGAGUCAUGGCUUCAGCACUUCAAGGAAUGAUCAUCUCAUCUCUAAGCUCUCAAAAGAAAUGGACACUGGUCUUUAUGAUUUAUUAAUCAUAACUAAGGCGGGUUCUGACUACUGUCAAAGUUCACAACCCAAGUCUUCCCUUCCAGACAGAUGUGGUGAGGGGUUCUGGGAACUGUCUGUCCUUGUCCUUUAUACUUUCACCUGUGCGCUUGGUUUGGCUCUCAACUGUUACAGCUGCUUAGGACAUGACACGGGCAAACACCAAUUAAAACUACCUGAUGCCAAAAGUGUCAGCAUUACUAAAUAACUAUCAGAAGUCUCUUGGUAGUGCUGGGCCUGGUGGCACACAUCUUUAAUCCCAGUAUUAGGGAGGCAGAGGAGUUCGAGGCCAGCCUGGUCUACAUGCUGAGUUCUAGGACAGAGCUAUGUAGAGAAAUGCUGUGAAAAGACGUCUUGAUGGUGGCUCAUGCCAGUGAACCCAGCAGUGCCAGGGUGGAAGCAGGGGGAUUCUAGGCUGGCCUGAACUUUGUAGCAAGACUUUGUCUUUAACAACCAGUUUUAAAAGCUUCCUAAAGUUUUAAUAAUGCAAUUUUUUCCCUACAAGGUAGUUUAUGGCCCUCGUAAUCUUCAAAUAUUAUAAAUUGAAGAAUGAAAGAAGAUAGAGAAUUUCAAAAUAGCCCCUGGGUAGCUUUUUUAACUUAACUACAUUGUAUUCUUGCCGAUGGCUGAUGAACAACAGCUGAGCAAAAUAACACCACCCCAGAAUCAUGUAACAGCUCCUCCUGCCCAGUGUCCCUGCUGGUGCCCCUCCUGGCAGCAGUUACUGCAAAGCAGACAUUCCAAACCUGUUAACCUCAGCCUCUGGGCAACUGAUCUCACUCUCCCACCCAUGGCCCAUUGAGAAGAGUUCCCCCCA